UUUUGUUCCAAUUUUAUUUCAGUCUUAACAUCCUAGUCCGGUAGGGGGCGGUAGUACACACGGAAGCUGGCUAGUCAGGUCAGAUCAGGACAGCUAGAAGAAGAAGUCCUCCACCGCCCCCUCCUUCUCAGUCUCCGCCUCCCCCUCCUCUCCAGUACAGAGAGGGUUUAGUGGAGGCACUGGUGGAAUAACGCUAGGAGAAAAAUAUCUUUCCUCCCUGCGAUUACAAACUUUGGUUUAUUUAGGCGGAGUUGGAGUGCAAGACAACAUGUCGUCUUGGGCGAAAUCAUCUGCAGCUGCCCGGCGGCCGCCAGCUAACCCAAACGGAAGUGCUCAACAAUUGCGUCUGUAUCGGAGAGCAGCGCCUUACCCCACCAGAGAGGAGAGGAGUGAAGAGCUCAAGGAUGCCCUGGAAAGUUAUGAGGAACUAGAGCAAAUGCAAAACUUCAGUGGAAGUGUAAAGUAUGAGGCCUACAAGCAUCAGCCGAAUGCCAAGCCAGAGGGCUCCACUCCAGCAGACAGACGUAAAGCCCUGUAUCAGAGGUUCUACAGACAGGUGCAGGAGGAGAGGAAACCGCCCGACUGCGUGGUGCUCUCUGUCACCAACCAGUGCCUGGAUUACCCCAAAUCGCUAAGCCAGUGCUUGCAGGAGCGUGGCCUGUCAGUGGAAAUGCUCUACCUUCAGGCGGAAUCAGGCCUAACCCGGGCCCUGCAGGAUGUCCGAGCAGACGGCUCCCCGUUAUGUAUUCUGGUGGAGCAGACAAACAUAGCUCUGUCCUCCUGCACUGUUAUCAUAUUCUCAGAAUCCCUCAAAAUCCAUCGCAAUAUGCCCAAAGACCAGGCCAUGGACUUUGUUGCAGCUGAGUACAGUCGUGGUCUUGUCAAAGAGCGUCCGCCGAGGGACCCCGCAGACAUAGCAGCACAGGCAUCACAGCUGCUGGAUGACUUUCUUGAUCGAGAAAAGAUCGAGCGCCACAGUGUUCCGUCUGAGACACGGCAGCUCCUCGUACUGUUAGCUGAGGGGGUGCAUCUCUACCCAGAGGAGCUGGAAACCGUCUCGGACUAUGUUCGUUCCCGGCAGGAGCACAUACAAGUCUCCAACAUUGAAGGGGAGAGAGGGAACAUGUUACCUCCGGGACUGGGAAAACCGCCUCCUCUGCUCCCUACUCCACCUGGGCCCCCUCAACCUCAGUCUGCAGGCGGAGGGGGGCCCAUGGUGGACCACUCCCCUCCUCCACCUGCACCUCUCUUGCCUUCACCAGGUUCUUAUCCCAAAACCAAACCUCCUCCACUGCUGUCCUUACAUCGGCCUCCUGGUCCAUCACUAGGAGCUCCAGCUUCACGAGGCCUCCCAUCCUCACACAGCCCCUACGGUUCCCCUGCUGUGUGUCGUGGGCCCCUACUCCACCAUCCUCUUCCAUACCACACAGGCCCCAGGGGCCCUCACAGUAUUCGAGGAGCCCCCCCCUCCCUAAAGAGUUCACGCCCUCCGCUUCUCUCUGCUCCAGGACCCCCUCUUCCUCGACCGAGUGGCCCGCGACAUUAACAAAUGACAGAGACGUGCACACACACACUGUUACACAUGCAGACUGCCAGCAGUGUGCCAUUUCGCCUAACUUUAGAAGAGAAGACUCGUGGCCCCUGAGUAGGUUCCUGUUGUGACCUUUUUAAAAAAAAAAAAACAAAACAAAACAAUGGUAAACCACUUUCAGUUAGAUACAAAAGAUGGUAGUUAAUGUUAUAUAUUAUCAUGUUAUUAUUGUGGAUGGAUUGAGGCAGGAUGGCAUGGAGUAUUCUUCUGGAUGAUAAUUUUCCAAUAUCCCUCUCAUUCAUUUUUUUUCUCUUUAUAAUGUACUGCGUUUCUCACACAGUCAACCCAGUUUGUCUCUUUAAGCUCCAUAAGGUAGGUGUAGGUCACAGGGACAAGCUGCACAUGAGAAACACUGAAUAUUAUGUAGCUGAAUGCAAAAAAACCCCCAGAAAACAACAGGACAGCUGUUCGAUAUUUAAGCAACAAAAAAGCAAAAGGUAUUGGUGGUCACAUGGUGGUAUUAGGAAUUUAAACUUUUAUGUAUAUCAUGAAUAUAACAAGUAGCCUACCUGCUGUACACAGUGUCUCAAGAUGGUGCUUAAAACUUCAUGAGGAUUUCCUCAAGGAUUCUCCUGAGGAGAGAAUUCAACAACCAAUUAAAGUUUGUGUUUAUAAGCUAUAUUCUUGGCUGAAAUUGUAUUUUAUUUAUAUCUAAAUUUAUUUUUGACAUAAUAAAAAGUAAAUAGUCUUAAGGAUUUUUGUAUAAUGGUUUUCAUCCUUGCAUUUACAACGUUUGGCACCUUUUUAUGACAAAUAAACAAAUCCUAUAAUUUGUCAUAUUCAAUUUUUUUUAUUUUUUUUUUUUAUAAACAUAGUAGUGACAGGACUGAAGGGAAAAAAAACUACCACAUACCUUGGCAGUGAAAACAUUCUCCCUCUCACAUCUUGGGUUUUUGUAACCAUUUUUUGCCACCCAGAUUAAAACAUUUACUUUGAUUUUGUGUUGCAUAUAAUCACAAGAGCCAGCCUGAAAUGAUUGCCAGGAUAACCUAAAGGAAUAUGAAUCUCUUGAUAUAUUCUUUGUCAGUAAUUUAUGUGCAAAGCAAGUCAACAAAUAUUACAAUUUUCAUUUUGCAUGAUGUUGAGUUCAGAUGUCCAUCUUAAUACAUAAUGUGUAGGAUAGCUCCAUUGCAAAACAUCAGGCCAUGUUCAUGUCGUGUUCUGUCAUUAAAAUCAAUUUUAAUCAGCUCUUCUGUUAAAUUUCAAUCAGUUUGGUGGCAAAAUCUGAUUGUUUGACAUGUGGCAAUCACAUUUGCUUAUUGUAAUUCAGGGAAAAAACUCACAGGUUUACUCCAUAACAAACAAUUAAACACUGAAACUUU